AUGACGAUCAGCAACAACCAUGUCAACAGCGUGCUCUCUAUAGGCUUUGCGUAUGAAGGCAAUGGAAUCUCCCCGUAUGUCUCUUUUUUGGGACUGUCCAACAGCAUUCUUCGAUGCGUUGGCCAUCCAGCGACGGGGCUAGCUCCGUCAUCACCGACGAACAGUCGAGCUAGCCAUAGCCAAAAUGUGUCUGUGUCAAAGACAACGAUUGUAACUCAAAAGAUCACCCAAUGCAUUGUGGAACAUCCUUUGUUCCAGUGGAUUUCAAACUUUGCACAACACAUUUGUGAUCACCCUCAGGAAUCGGUUGCGAUUGCUGGUGUCACCAUCUUGGCCGUCUGUUGUGGAACUGGUAUCGCGUCCUGGAUCGGACAACCAAGCAAAACCGUGCAACGAAUUGGUUUGACAGUCGACACUGGAUGUACCAAACAAUUGCGAGACGCGAAGCGAGCGUUGUCACGACACUCGCAUUGCUUGCAAGAAGUUUCCAUCGAGGUUGAUGCAAGUGCCCGUCCAACACUCCCGACAGACAUUGUGCUGCAACUCUCACAACUGCCAAAGCUGGUAAUCCUCCAUCUCCAAGGUCCAGAAAAGAAGGCCGUGUUUAUCGAUGCGGCUUGUUUGGCCAUGGUUUUGGACGGUGCCUCCGGAUUGCAAUCGCUCCAUUUGUUACAUUGCCUUACUCAGCUUCACAACGACAACGAAGGUGUUCUGGUGGGUGCUUUCCGUCGCCAUGUUGUCUUGCAAAAGCUGAUUCUGGAUGACUUUCAAGUGAUUGGAAAGCCAGUACUCAUAGGAGUAGGCAAUAGAGUUGAACAUUCCUGGUUCACAGCCAUCUUUCGACACCAAGAAGAUCAACCGGCCAACAACACUUUGCAAGAACUCCAGGUUCGCUCGGGUUGGUCUCGGGGCAGUACAUGUGAUUUGAUUGUCAUGCUGGGCGAGAGUUCCAGUCUGAAGAGGUUGACACUCCGUCUGUGGUCAAACACCCCGUCGGCCCGCUCAAUGAACAAGCUGCCAGAAGACAAUGCUUGGUAUGUCGUUCCACUAGUGUCUGCCUUGGGCACGCUCGAGGAGCUUGUCAUUGAAUCUGCGCCGUUGGAUUUGGCUACAGUCCAGGCAUUGUCCGAUGCCAUGGAACGCAACCAUCAUCUGAAGCGGUUCGACUUUGCUUCUAACUACCUUUCGGACCGCCGGCUCUCGCAGCUGGGACGGAACAUAGAGACUUGCCUCGAUCUCAACCGCCAAGGCCGUGCUCAAUUGGUAACACGAGCUGAUUGGAUUCACCGGGUGCUUGCCAACCAUGGCGACCACAUCGACGUUGCAUUCUUCGUCUUGCAGAGGAACGUGCAUCUGUUCUUUCCGUGA